CCUAGCAACCCCUUGAAGGAGACCGAUGCGUUCCUCCCGUCCAGCAGGAGGCGCUAAAGAUGUCACCUGUAAUUUUACACCAAACGCAGCAAAAUCACGCUAACAGGAAGCCAUCGGACGAAAACGGAAGUGGGAAACAGUAGCCCUCUUCCUCUCGCUGUUGCCUUCGUUCCCGGUGAACCUUCGGUAUCAAGUGUCGCGAACGUCAGAGAAUCCUGGUUCCGCGUCCAAAAAUGAUGUUAUAAUGCCGAGAUCGAAGACAGCGCAGGUGAAAAGCGACAGCUAAAGGAUUUCUGAUCCACCAUGGGAAACAGACCAUCCAAGAGUGACAGCGUGGAGGAACCAGUCAAAACAACUUUGUUUCAAAGGGAGCCCAGCGGGAUAACAUACCGGAUUCCUGCCCUCCUCUACCUGAGACACAGUCGCACCUUUCUUGCUUUUGCUGAAAAGCGAUCCGCCCCCUUUGAUCAUGAGGCCAAAAUCCUUGUUAUGAGAAAAGGACUGCUAAAUGAUGACGGCUCUGUCAAGUGGUCGUCCAGUCAGGAACUUUUAACUGCAUCUCUGCCAAACCAUCGCACCAUGAACCCCUGUCCCGUGUACGAGAAAAACAACAAAGUCCUGUUUCUGUUUUUCAUCUGUGUCUGGGGAAACACCACAGAAAAGAAGCAGAUCGUCACAGGUAAGAACAAGACGCGCCUCUGCUACGUCACCAGCCGCGACGAUGGGCAAACCUGGAGUCAAGCCGUGGACUUGACAGAGAGCGUGAUUGGAGAGGCCAUCCACAGAUGGGCCACGUUUGGGGUGGGCCCCGGCCACGGCAUCCAGCUGGAGAAUAACCGGCUGAUCGUCCCCGCGUAUGCGUACUACAUCCCCUACAGGUGUGGUUCUUUUCCGGUUCCUUUCACAGUCUACCCUCGUGCGCUCUCGAUUUACAGUGAGGACUCUGGACAGACGUGGCACUUAGGUCGGAUGCUUCAGAAGAAGUCGUGUGAGUGCGAAAUGGCGGAGAUCAUAGAUCACGAGGGAAGGAGUCACCUCUACUGCAACGCUCGUCGGGCCAGGGGCCACAGGUGUGAGGCCCUGAGUGAGAACAGUGGUGUUUGUUUUGAUAAGCCCCACAUGGCCCCAGAGCUCAUUGAACAGCCCUCCGGCUGCCAGGGCAGCGUCAUCGGCUUCCCGGCGCCUGAAUUCAUCCCAAAUGACGAUGCUGAGAGCAAAGCCUGUGGUACAUCCCUGUUGUCGCCAGACACACAAACCUGGCUCCUCUUCAUGCACCCAACCAACAAGUCCAGCCGAAGGGACAUGGGCGUGUAUUUGAACCGCUCUCCUCUGCACUCAUCCGGGUGGGACCGGCCGCGGAUCAUCCACAGCGGACCCAGCGGUUACUCAGACCUGGCGUACAAUGUGGACAAGGAUCAGUUUUCCUGCCUGAUCGAGUGCGGCAAAGAAAGCGAACUGGAGCAGAUCGCCUUCAUGUCGUUUUCCCUCAACGAUGUGAUGCAGACGGGCAGUAAGAAAGACAAGAAAAUGGUGUGAAUCGCUCCUCUACUUCAGUGCCAACGAAGAUCUAAUCCCAUCCUGUUAUAGGCCAAAAAAUAAGCAGCUUUGUAAGGCUGUGCAGUUCCACUCGUCUGUGUUCUGUGAUGUUCUUCAUACUAGAGAUGAUGCAUGCACAAGUCAUGUGUUUUCUUGUCUCUACUUACAACAAAUUGUCUUAAUAUGCAAGUUUCUGUCUUAUAAAAAGGAACUAUUUUAAUAGCUUGUUCAUUUGAAGCAUGCCGUGGUGGACUGAUUUUAUUUCUGAAAGCACCUCAUCCUGUUUCUGAUCUUACAAAGCUGUCAGUUUUCCUUCUGAGCACCGGGGAGCAUUAGCCUACCUCCUUUUUAUUUUCCUAAAGACAGCCAGAGCAGGCCUUGCAUAAGGUAGAGCAUCGAGGUCCCGUCAUUGCUCAAAUCUCUCUUUUUACAUUUAGCAUUUUCUGAUUCACUUAUGCCUUCUGUAUCGUUCGAACCUAAACGCUGUGCCACAGCAGGCGCCGUCACACCGGAGAGGAAACCAAAACCCCAAAGUAAAGACGCAAAGUGGUUCAUAACCGGGACUUUUCAAGCAACUCGUGAAUGGGAGAAGCUUUUGAAUAGACGCACUGAAUACAGGACGAGUCAAAAACUGGGGAUGGGAGUUUUCCAGCGAUUCACACAUUUUGCAGUCAGAUGGAAGCUUUUAUAAAUGUUUCUGGAAGGAUUUGCAAGUUGUACUAAUUUUACAGCAUCCGUGUGGUUUGACAUUUCAACUGGAAAGGAUAGUUUGAGCUAAGGACUUUAAAGAAAAGAAAAAAAAAAAAUUGUGGCCAAAAUUUUAUGGUCCAAUUAUGUGUUUCUGCUGUUAUAUAUCACCCUGGAUUUGGUGUUAAGAGACACUAAAACAAAUCUGUAGAGUGUACGCCUCACACAUUAUUGCCUAAAUGAAGCGAGUUUAGUUGGAAAAGAAGGGUUCCUAGCACACACCCCUGGGGAACUCCACAAAUAAUUCAGAUGUGAAUACAGGCAUUGUUGACAUGAGCCAAUAACAGCCAGGAGCAUCAUUUUAUGAUUUUUAAGAAAUCAAAUUUUUUGAUACAUGGGCUGAUAUAUUUUUUUAGGAGUUCUGUGCGAAUUAGAUAAUCCCUUAUUUCCAGGAUUAUGUCUUUAAUCUGUCAGAUGUGUGUUUUUGCUGUUAUCACCUCCACUCAAAAAAAAAAAAAAAUUUAGAGAUGUCGUACUGCUGUCGGCCGAUAGUAUAAGCCAAACUCAUGCAUCGAUUGUAAAUAGAUUUGUAAUAUUUUUGUCGUCAAAGUAAUAUUAUUACUUUUAAGUUAUAUUUCCAUCACAUUUAGCAUUUUGUACACUGAUUUUUUUUCUUGUUACUUGUGUGUGACUGUGAUCAGGUUAAAAAAAAACUUCUGGUGUAGAAAAAAAAGCAUGCAACAAAAAAUGAUGACUCCCUAUCCAUAAAGCCACUAAGAGUUUGCACGUUAAAAAAAUAAAUAAAUUAUAUUGUGCUAAGUGACUUUAAUGUCCAAACUUGCCUAUUGUUGUAGGAAAAAUUGCCUCAACCUUAUUCUAAAAUUAUGUUUCUGUUCAUUGUUGUGGAAAGUGAAGAAAAAAAACCCUGCAUGAAACAUGUAUUUUAGUACAAAAUAAACGUAACCUGUGAUCACAGA